UGUGGGAGUUAGGGAGAGUGAGAGAGGGUGAAGCAAGCAACUUGGGUGGCAGCUGAGCAACUGUUAUUUCUUUUUUUUUCUUUUUUCUUUUUCUAAGUCAUUUUCCCCUCAAACACCAACCACUCUCUCUCUCUCUACCUUUGCAGGCUUCUUUCUUUCUCCUUCCCCACAUCUGUCUCCCUCUCUUCACAAGCUGCCGUUACUUCACCAACCCCACCUCCCAUCAAAUGCAUCUCUUCUCAUACCUUCUUCGUCAAUCUUUUCGCUUUCUUCUUCUUCUUCUCUGAUCUUCAGCGGUUACGCCCGGAAACUGUUUGUGGGAGCUUGAAUUGGGGUAGCUUGUUCAUUGUUUGCUUUGUUUAGAUAUGUGGGAUCUUAAUGUUGAAUCUGGUUGUGAUGAGGAUGAGAGGAUGAUAGUGGUGGUGGUGGAAAAGGGGGAGGAGGAGGAGCUGGUUCCGGGGGGGUGUAGGAGCCUCAUGGAGGAUUCCGGGACUUCGAAUUCCUCGGUCGUCAAUGCCGACGAAGCUCCCAGCAAUGGCGGCGACGAGGACUCUUCUAACAACUCCUCUGCAUUCAAUUUCGGUAUCUUGAACAAGUUAGGACGUCAUGUGCCCACCUACGGCGCCGUGGAGGAGACCCCGGAGUUUGUGACCAGGCAGCUUUUUCCGGCCACCGGAGACCGAGGAGGCGGGGAGUCGGAGCUAUGCUCCGGAUCGUCUUCGACGUCGUUUCCGAAGCCUCAGUGGCUUAACCUCUCGUGCCCUGAACCAAUUGGGCAGCAGAAGCCAAAGCAGCAGCAGCAGCAGCAACAACAACAGGUGAGGAAGAGUCGGCGAGGACCGAGGUCCCGGAGCUCGCAGUACCGUGGCGUUACGUUUUACCGGCGAACUGGUCGGUGGGAAUCGCAUAUAUGGGAUUGUGGGAAGCAAGUGUAUUUGGGUGGAUUUGACACGGCUCAUGCUGCAGCAAGAGCAUAUGACCGGGCCGCAAUUAAGUUCCGGGGAGUGGAUGCUGAUAUCAAUUUCAGCAUAAGUGAUUAUGAAGAAGACAUGAAACAAAUGAAGAACCUGAAUAAAGAGGAAUUCGUGCACAUACUUCGUCGUCAAAGCAAUGGAUUCUCACGAGGGAGCUCAAAAUAUAGAGGUGUGACCCUUCAUAAAUGUGGAAGAUGGGAAGCUCGAAUGGGGCAAUUCCUUGGGAAGAAGUAUAUUUAUCUUGGGUUAUUCGACAGCGAAAUAGAAGCCGCAAGGGCAUAUGACAAAGCUGCUAUCCGAUACAAUGGAAGGGAAGCGGUCACCAACUUUGUGCCAAGUACCUAUGGAGAAGGGGCAAUCUUAGAGGCCAAUGACAGAAGCAGUGGGCACAAUCUUGAUUUGAACCUUGGGCUUUCUUUCCCUCCCGAUGGUCCUAGGGGAAAUGACACAGUUGGGAGGAGAUCCAUGGUUGAGGGCUCCACUUACACACUAGUUGGUGGACAACCCCGCCAUAGUCUAACCACAGUAUCCAAGCACCUUCCCAUGAUAUCCGGCAUAUGCACUAGUUUCUUACCAAUUCACGAGGAAACAGCCCUGGAGAAAAGGUUGGACGGGGUUUCUUCACCAAGAUUCUCAAACUGGGCAAGGCAAGUGUAUGGCCAUGGUGUCAAUAUCCCAAUCCCACUGUUGUCUACUGCAGCAUCAUCAGGAUUCCCUUCUUGCUCCACCAUUGGUCCCUCUGCAACUCUUCCACUAUUAAAUCCCAGGAACAUUAAUCCUGCCCUGCAGCCUCCUCCACAAAUCUCCCCACCAACUACAUCCACCACCAACAGUACAAGUUGCUUCUACAAUUUUGGGAGCUCAAAUCAACAGAUGCAGUUUUGAUAAUUUUUUCCCCUCUUUCUGCUUAGGAAGUGACCCUGCUGGAAAGCAAAACCAAUUAGAGAGUCGUUUCUGUGCUUGUUUUCUGUUUAAUAUGAAGCCAUGUAAACUGAUCAUAACAGUGUACCUGGUACUUCUACUUGAAGCACUCCAUUUCGUUUCAUUUCA